AUGGUCCCCCUCGAUUCUUUAUCCCCGUCUUGUCGCAACACCCGCCAGCCGCCGUGUGCUCCUUGUCGCACCCGGAAGCUUGCUUGCGACCGCUCACAGCCAGUAUGCAAUCGCUGUCAGAGAGCACGAACUAAGCUCAACUGCAUAUACCCUUCGACACCGCAACUGGAGACGCAUACGCCGGAUUUAGCUGCCGACCUCGGUAUUGAGACCGGUCCAAGCCUCGGACAGGAAGCAGUGGCAAAUACCACGUCAAAUUCUACUCCUUCGGGCUAUUUUGGCUACACAAGUCAUAACAAAGUUUUUGAAGAGACUGAGUUUGACCUUUUCCUAGCCAGUGGAGGCACUUCGCUCUUGGACCCCAGCAAAAGGCUCGCACAAAGUCACGAAGAAAGUCACGAUAGAGUCAUCUUUCGUGAGCUCCCGUCACCUUGCCAAGAAUCGGCUCUCUUCGUGCUACGUUGUUUGCCUAGCUUGCAGGCGUACUGUCAUGAACCCUUCCAUGAGCAGAAGGGAUGGAGCCAAAUUGCUGUUAAUCGGAUCAUCAAAUCACUUCAAGCUGCAUUUGAAACGUUACCAGAUGAGGGCGACAAAUGCUUUAGCGACUUGGCCGAGAUCCUCUGUAGGAAUACCCGCCGUGCUAUUGAGGAUGAGCAAGAUGACGCUUCUCAAUGGAUCAGUCAGUUUCAUGACCAAAACCUCCGUUGGGAGUCCAUAGGACUCCUGUGGGCCAGUAUCGCACGUGUUUCGGAUGAUGUUGGUUCUCUGUAUCGUCAUCAUUUGAACGCAUUCUCGGAGAGCGUAUCUCCUCAAACAGCUCAAGCCUGUCUAGGCUAUUGCAUUGAGCUUUCACGUACCUUUACUGAUGGCAACGAUCUGUUGUUGGAACUUUGUCGACGCAAAGCAAUCUUUGAUUCCAUUGUUGAUGGUGAUGCCCGCAUCUCGAGCUAUGUGUCUCAUAGUCUGUCUGUUACCAUGCUCACGUAUCUUGGAUACCAUAGUCUAGAGAAUGGGCCCUCUUACGAACCAACACUUUGCUCCGAAAAUCGGCGACGAGUCGUGGCCCAGGUUUUCACCAGUGACAAAUUUGCUGUUUCUUUCACCGGCCGGCCGCCUCUCUUGACAAACAGCUUCUGCUCUACUCCAAUGCCUCUCGACAUUAGCGACAAAGAUCUUGCAUCAGACAAGACUGCUUUGUCCCAUGCAGUUCAAUCACUUGACGACCAGGGCUGGAAUACGAGUGGGGAAAUACAUCCUUCAACUGUCAUUCGAGCAAGAUACAUGAUUGCCAGCAUCCGAGACGAACUCAUUGCUGUUGCGUUAUCUCACAGCAAGGAGGUAGAACGCGAUCAAAUCCAAGCCUUGAAGGAUCGACAACUCGUAUUCCCUUCCAAGAUUCCGGAUGCCUUGAGGUAUAGUCUAAACGAUCUCAUUGAUCCUGAUCUUGAUAGUCGUACCCUGUAUUUCAGGAUUACGCUCCAACUCGAUCAUCUGAAAAACCUCUUCUUUGCAGAAAGGUUGCUUCUCCGCUGCAGCAAUUUCGACGAUACUGAGCUGCUCUCAACAAGUUUCGAUCUUGUGAGGUUGACUAUCGAACUCUGGAAGCGCCGAGACUCUCUUAACGAUCCUGUCAUUCUACGUGACUUCGAAUGGCUGCUGUUAGAGUAUGGUGCCCCUGCUGGUGGUAUCCUAUGUCAGGGAUUGCUCCAGCCGAGCCCUGCAUAUUCCAACACCCAAAACAUUGAAAUGACAAGAUCCUCUAUUGUACAACAGCUCAGUCUGCUAAUAGGGUUCCUCGAUUGGGUUUCCCCUUCUGCACCUGCCGGACAGUCAUGCGCAAGCUUUAAGCACCUCAUCCAGCGUGUCUUGGACCACCAUCUGAAUGGCAACGAUUGGCAACAAGAUGCAAGAAGUCCGAGUAUCUUAGAAUCAAGGCCACUGCAGCUACCUGCUUUUCGCUUUGACUUAUUAAACACUUUCGACUGGUUCAUUCCAAGUCCAUCAGGAUCAAAUAACAGGUGA